GUCCCUGUGGAAGACCAGGAAAGCGAACAAGAAAGAAGGUGAGUGGGACACACUCGGAAAAUUAAGUGAUUUUAUUUGUGUUCGCCAUGACGUAGUAGUGAAAUCAAUGCAAAAUUCCUCAGAGCACCAGAAGCCAAGAGCUGGGGGCGUAGAGUACUGGGAGGAGAAGAUGCCCAAGUCACACGUAGUGUACUAGACCAUUACCACAGUACCCGUCAGUUGGUAAUGUCUGGGACGCCGCCUGCGGCAGGAGGCGGCGGUGGCGGGGCUGCCGCCGUGGCCGCCGCCGCCGCCGAUCACUUCUGCUUGCGUUGGAACAACUACCAGACGAACAUGACGGCGGUGUUCGACCAGUUACUGCAGGAGGAGGUGUUCGUGGAUGUAACGCUGUCGUGUGAAGGCGGACAGCAGCUGCGGGCCCACAAAGUGGUGUUGGCGGCGUGUUCGCCCUACUUCCAGGCAGUCCUGCAGAACAACCCUUGUAAACACCCCAUCGUCAUCCUGCCGCGGGACGUGGCCUUCGCUGACCUGCGCGCCAUCAUCGAGUUCGUCUACCGCGGGGAGAUCGAUGUGGCUCAGGAACAGAUCAACUCCCUCCUUGCGGCCGCCGACACACUCAAGAUUAAGGGUCUGUGUGAGGUGGGCGACGACCCCACGCACGUACCUCCAGGCUUCACCGCCACGCCCUCCACUGCCGCUUCGCGCCACGCUUCUACCUCUCAUACGCCCACGCGAGGCCGCCCACCGUACUCACGGGGUCGCUACAACACAUCUUACCGACCUCGUGGCCGCCCUCCUCUAUACGGAAAACAUCGAUAUGAACGGCCUUCCCUCUCCACGGCCGCCAGUCGUCGCGCAGACCACGACCAUCCCAGUUCCAGUAAACGGAUCAAGCUGGAGACCGGAGAGGACGACAGCCACGGGGGCGGGAGUGAGGAUGGGGAGAGUGCGGCCGGCCACCAGCGACCCCCUCACCCACACUACGUCCACAACGGCGGGGCGCCGCCCGCACCCUCAGCCAGCCACGCGCCGCCCGCUGCCCACGCCCAUCACGCCCCUCCACAGGCUGUCCACCCCUCUCAGGCGCACCCCCCAGCUGCACACGCCCCGCCCCCCCUGCCGGAGCUGGGCCCCUCGGUCGGCCUGCCACAACCAGAGACGGCCCUGCCCCCACAUGUCCUGCCGGGUUUGUCUCCGUCAGAUGACGGCGCGGGCACGUCCCACGCCGGUGAUUAUAACACCGGGUACGGUGCCUACACAAAGAACGAAGGGGAUACGCAGCAUCUGACUUCCGACGGCACCGAUUCUAGCGGGCAGCGCAUGACCGUCACGCCGGAGCUCUUAGGACUCAUGCCUUCCAACGCCACCUCACACUACUCCUCGGACACGGAGAGCUUGUCUGGGACGCCGGGGGGCCGCAAACUGUGGACGGAUGAGGACAUGGACAAGGCGUUGGACGCGCUGCGCAACGCUGUCAUGUCACUGAGCAAGGCAGCCCACGUGUAUGGCAUCCCGGCCACUACGCUAUGGCAGCGUGCGCACCGUAUGGGCAUUGAGACGCCUAAGAAAGAGGGUCCUAACAAGACGUGGAGUGAACACGACUUGGCUGGCGCCCUGGAGGAGCUCCGCAGUGGAAGAAUGUCCGCAAAUAGAGCGUCCAAGGAGUUUGGCAUUCCGAACUCAACAUUGUACAAGAUUGCCCGCAAGGAGGGCAUCAAGUUGUCGUCGCCGUUCUCAGCCAUUCAGCCGUCUUGGAACCCCGAUGACUUGACCAAAGCCCUGGACGCCAUCCGUGGGGGGAUGAGUGUCCAGAAAGCAGCUCAGGAAUUUGGCAUCCCCACAGGCACGCUCUACGGACGGUGUCGCCGCGAGGGCAUCGAGCUCAGCAAAUACCAGGGCGUGCCAUGGUCGGAGGAGGACAUGAAGGACGCCUUAGAAGCAGUACGGGUAGGUGAGAUGUCCAUCAAUCAAGCUGCUAUACACUUUAAUCUGCCUUAUUCCUCGUUGUACGGGCGUUUCAAGCGAGGGAAAUACGAAGACGGCCUUCCACAUCAGGAUUUCUUGCAUCAAGAGAUGACAGUUGAGCAUUAUCCAGCAGAUCCCCAACACGCAUCUCAGAAUCAACAGCAGCCGCUGCAGCAGUCGCAGCAGCAAACACAACACACCCCACCACCUCAGCAGCAGCAGCAGCAGCCCCAACAGCAGGCUCAGCAGCAGCAGCAACAGCAGCAGCAGCAGCUUACCCCAGGACCUCCUUCAGAGCAAUAUUGACUAGAUGAAGGGAACACUGGCCGCCACAGCGCCGACGGUCCGCAAGACCCGCACCGGUCUAAGUGCCCGUCGGAGGAAGAACAACAAACGCAACCACAGCAGACGCCGCAGUCUCAGCACGAUCUACAAUCGCAGCAUCCACAGCAGCAACAGACUGAUGUACAGAACCAGGGACCACAGCAGGAAGCUCCUCCUGCUCUGGGCCCAGGAUCUGACUAUGGGGAAAGUGGUGGUCCUCCCACACCCGUGGUCUUCACGGGAGGGGAGGCGCCUAUAUAUUCUGCCGCAGCAGCAACUGAACCUCACCAUCCUGCUCUUUAUUCGCCGCCUGCGACGCUCCCCCAAGACCCUCUGUAUACCCCCGCUGCUUCUUUGGCCCAACCGCCGCACCCGCAGGUGUACCCGCACUACUAUCCAUUGCCGGAGUACCCUGGUCUGCGUCCGGAGUACCGCGCCUAUCAGCCGUACCCACCGAGGCCCGAUGACCCGACUCGGCCUGUGCAAUAUCCGCACUACCCGCCCUACCACUUCUGACGCUGUGGCCGCCAGUGUUCCCGCAGUUCCGCCGCCCCUUCUCGCUCACGCAGGUCAGGGCAGCACUGCGCUUGAGCACUAUUCGCAACCGAGGUGCACCAGGACCUCAGACACCUGGUCUCACGCCUGCACCUCCCGCAGUAAGCUGUUUGCAAAAUAAUAUAAAGGUUGCGGUCCUAUACAGUAGGACCAACAACAGUACACAAGACCAACCAAGAUAUGAAAAUUGGACUUAGUAUUGCUCCCGAGUAGGUACCAUAGAAAUGAAUGCCCGUCAUUUUAAUUGUAUUAUAUAUAAUAUAUCAAAUACGUUUUUAUUAUUUCGUUAUUCUGGGGUAAAUAGCUGGUCACGUGACAGUUGACCGGUAACGAUUGUACGAGGUAAUGUGUCUCGGCUUUAAGCUAAUACGGAUAGGUUGGCACACAGUACAGGUAAUACCGAUAUGUAAAAAUAAAAAUCUAAAUUUAAGUGCAAUGCUAUUCAAAUUGAUCAAAAGAUAUAUUAUGGAAGUUAUUGGAAAUGUUGCUCACGACACGUAAGAUAUAUAUACAUACACACACACACACAUAUAUAUAUAUAUCUAUGUUGUAAGUAAAAGUUGGGUGGUGUGGUAGGAGGAAUAGUCAGGUAACAUCCCAUCCACAUAGAGUAGAUGUUUUGUUGAGUCCCGUUCUCCCCUUACCCAACCCCCAGAGACAACACCUCAGGGCAGACUCCACACCUGCAUGCUCAACCUCCACCGAGAGCGGAUCGACAGCCAAAGCUGAUUAAUGUUAAUGAAGUUGGAUUCAAAUAUGGAUACGCAGCAAAUGCAGGUGUUUAGCAGGUAGCAGAUAGAUUAGUAAAUGCACUAUUUUACUAAGACUUGAUAUAAACAGCGCAUGGACCCUCGGUACAGGAGAUUACGAUGAAGUAUAACCUCAUGUAGAAUACCCCUCACAGUAUUUUACGCUCCCUUGGCACUGUAGUGUUAGGCUAUAGGUGGCACUCUCCAACAUGAGUGGUACCAGGUGAUUGUCAGGGAGUUGAAACAUUCAGGUUAAGUGAUGGGUAGUAAUGAGCUCAUCAUGUCUCUACGUACCACACGCCACACGUCACGCGCGCAGCCUGCCUGGUCAAAGUGGUUGGCUGCGCGCGGGGAGUGUAAUAUUUCUGUAGCACAGGUGGUUGCCUAACUUACGCUUGUGAAUAUUGUUUUGGCGUCAUCUCUUGGCGCAGUGUCAGGCUGGACCAUGUGAUGGUGCAGCCCUUACUUUGGUCACCUUGCCACGUCCCUCACGUGUUACGCGUCCUCACGUCAAUACGGGGUAUGGCGUGCUGGCCUAAGUCGCAGCAUUAUAAGCUGACAUUACCACGUGGUGCCAUAUAGGUUUAUCAUCAUAAGCAUGUUACAUGGUUACCAUUUUCCGGCUUUAACACAUGGCGUACAGGACAACCUGUGCCGCUUGCAGGCGUCAAAACAAGAUAGGGAUGUGCGUGUCACACCAUCGUCUCAAAAAUUUAUACAAAAGGUAUCAGGUUAUACAGUUUAUAUCUGAAAUUAAGCCAUUUAAUGGCCAUUGUUGAGUAAAACAAAAAAGGUGGUUCAUUAGGUAUAAUGUUAAGAAGCAUCUUUUACUGCGUUCUAAUAUCUAUGUUUAGGCGUAUGUACUGGGUAGAGAAGCUACCCAUAGCAGCAACGCAGAGAAGUGGAGAAAGGCUAUGUUGGUAGUAGCCUCAGUACAAUGUGGCGCUGCUACCCACAGCUCACUCAACCACCGCUCUCGUUACCUGCUCACACAUGUAAGGUGUUGGUUCCUCUGGCCUCAAAAUCUUUUUCACCCUUCCCCACACAACGUAAUCUUACUGACACAGCAUCUCGCGCAGUAUCCCCCCCCCCCCAUACACACACAGUCCGCCCCACAACACACAAUGUGUUCGCCGAUACCACGCCUCCCAAAAUAAAUCAUACGUCAUCUUUUACAAUCCCAUAUUACACACAUCAUUACUAUCCUUUGUACAGUGUCAACGCAUCACAUUUGUUACCGACCCUCCUAUACCACUCCUACAGCUGACUAACUCCCACACCAUACACCAAACACCAGACACCAUGCUACACAUAAUGCAACCCUAACAUAAAAAGAAACUAAACCCAUGGGACAGGGUUCUAAACCUGUCUCAUCUAAAGAAGUCACACCCUAUACAACUAAAAACAAAUCUGUUCACCCACCUACCAAACCUCAAACAGCAGAUUAUUAAAUCCUAGAGCGUCUCACACACACACACACACACACACACACACACACACACACACACACACACACACACACACACACACACACACACACACACACACACACACACACACAUCCUGGAUCCAGAUAAUCAUCCCUCUCCCCACUGAAGACAGUCACACCCUUAAACCCUAGAUACUCGUCCCUCCAACCAUAUUGUGUACGUCUGUAUCACCGACUCCCUUAACCGCAUUACUGUCGGUAACAUUCACUUACUAGAACCCUCAUAAAACCUAACAUAGAGCCCCCUACCCUGCAUUCCACACCGUACCUCUAUGAUCAUACUUAAUUUGCUUAUUUUUAAUAAUUUAGCCUCUUUUACUCUCGUGGUAUACGAGAGGCUGGAGGCGGUCCAGUCUCGCAGCCUCAUACCACACGAACAUACUUUUAUCAGUAACGUAUUGACUAAAAAAAUUGAUUAUAUAUAUAUAUAUAUAUAUAUAUAUAUAUAUAUAUAUAUAUAUAUAUAUAUAAUUAAUUAUAUAGUUGGUAUCUGUUCUCGAGUCUGCCAUUCCUUAAUCGAGAUCUUUGUUUUAUAAAAUUUUAUUUGGCAUUCUACUCUUACUUCCCUUAAUGGAAUUUAAUACCUCAAGCUUUCGUACCGUUUGGUUCUUUAGUUAAUUUUCACGUUCCUCAUGUCAAAACAAAUAUUCUGGAAAGACAACUUUUCUUCCAUUGUUUACAUAAACAUAAAUUUAGAGUUUUCUUUCCAGCUAUCACCAGAGGAUUGCCAGCACUGGUAUAGGUCGAGCCAACCCCUUACAACAGCCUAUUAACAACACUUAUAACAUAAGAGUAAGGAAUGUAUUAUUAACAGGUUCAGAGAAGGGAUAAUUAUGGUUAAGUAGAAAUAUUGUGCACGUGGGACCUUUCAACUUUUGGGUGUGUGGCUGUGGGUCUCUGGGGGACGUUUAGUCUGCUGUCUCCGAAUAAUGGGACUGGUGGUUGACCUCGCAUCACAAGUAUUAACUGUGUGCCAUGUAUGAUCCUGCGGUACGUGUAGUGUGUGUUAUGGUAGAGAAAAGGAUUUAAUUGGCAUAGGUGUGUUUUGUAAAGGUGCAGGAGAGUCACACCCCAGCCACAUGUGAUGGUCCCAGCAGGUGUAGUGUCAGCCAUGGGGGCCCCAGCCACACUGCCACUGGCUGUGUCGCUCGACAACAGCCCUAGUGUCAGGAAUCUUUCUUUCUUAUUUCGUCUUUGGUGAUGUGAUUUAUUGUAUAUAUUUGUAAUAACGAACUUUAUUUUAAAGUCAUGGUUAUAUUUUUGGAUAAGUACGUUGAUGGUACGCGGCUGGUGCAGUGAAGGUCUCACCAGCGUGAUUGUGAUAGUAUAGGUGCCAGAUAGGCUGGGAUGGCAGGGGUGACGGCGUGGGGGGAGGGGUAGCUGCACUUCCCUUGUUAUGUGGUUUUAACGGUGAGCAUCUGAUCGGCUCAACACUUUACUAAUCAAGUGUUUCGGAAGUUGUAACCAGCUUUAAUUAAGUGAGUUACAUGAACAGGAAAUUUGUCUAGUGUUGGUAGAUUGUGAAUACCAAGAGCGCCCCUCUCCCCCACCUCCCAAGCCAGUCAGUCCAGGGUCAGACUUGGGGGUAAUUACCCCCUUGUGAAUGACAUGUUGUUUGAAUGAGCGAGUGUUGCUGGUGAUUAGUAACCUCCGCGUGGUCAAUAUCGGUGAUGUUGUAUAUGUGUGGAAAAGCCGUAAUGUCAGGUAAACACAACUAUGCCGGUAAGUAGGGCAGGUUCCAUGCUCCUUUGUUCUCGUCAGCCCGCCCCUCUCUCUAUCGUCUCAACAUCAUUUCUCUAUUUGUCAGUACUUGUUAGGCAGGAGCAACUUAUCAGGGAUACCUUUAGGGCCUCACUUUCCUUCAGGUUUGUAUGUGGCAACACAACGCUUCCAACACUAGCUAGUUGGUAGAGUGUGUGGCGGUGGCAGUGCUUUGCUGCUACCAGCCACUCGCGCAUCACAACAAGAUAUUAGUUAUUCCCUUAUUAAUGCCCUUGUAACUACUUACCCUUAGCAUGUAAGCAAAUACUUUUUUAUAUUUACGUGUCCAAACCAUGUUAUUUUAUCCAGAUUUUUUUGGGCAUACAGUAUAUUUAUAAUUAUUUUUUUUGAAGGUUUAUUGGCAUAUUUUAGAGAAGUGUGAUGGUGGGAGGGCGGAGUGGAGGGCAAGUGAGCCAGACCGUCCGGGCAGGGAACGACUGUACUGCACUCAGGUUAUACCUCUCCUCAUCAACCCUUAGUCUAGUGGCACUCUCUGUUCCCGCUUAUUGCAGUCUACUGUUAAUAUCUUCAAAUCUAUAUUUUAACAAUAGCUAUAGAAUAUUAGAUAAAGGAACGAAGUACUGGAAUAUUUUAGAGAUGGCGUUGAAUUAUGAAGAGGUUCGUGAACGCCACUUUUGUGGUGUUAGGAAGAUAGGUGGAGAUGGUGGUAAGGAGUUGCGCUCAGAGACAGCAAGAAACAUGCAGACGAGAUGUGCCCGGACGGAGCAGCAGUAGCCCACUACUGCCCCACUCCCACACCAUAACCUUCAUUGUUCUGUUCUCGUCACGUCGACCAGUGAAAUUUUUUUCCAGCCUAAUAUAGCAGGUUAAUGAGGAAAAAAAGCUGAUAUUGAAACAUGAAAGGAUAUGAUCCUGCACGUUUAGACAUCAAUUUAUCCACUGUUUCGGUACCUGAUGAUCAAAUAUAUAUCUUAGUGCCUAAACAUCCAGGAAUCGUGGAUGUUAGUGCCUGAAUGUUAAAACUUUCCCGGAUAUUUGAUGUUUAAACCAUUUGUUUCUCAGGAUAAUUGUCAUCUGUGCUGCUAAUUCUGGUGUGUUGUAGAGUAACGCGCUGGCGAACGUGCGCAGGACCACACGAGUUGGCCAUGUUGGUGUCCUGUGAAGUAUAUCCUGGGUGGUUGAGGCUCCAACAUACAACCAUCGUGUGUAUAUUUCAUGUCCUCGUAAUAAUGUUUAAAAUAUGUUUACUUUUUUAACCAAAUAAUUUUAUAUACCCCCAAAAAUUCACUGGUCACCUCGAUUGUAUUUUUUAUAUAAAGGUUUUAGCAAUGAGGUACUAGAAUAUGGUACAGUACUUUGAUUUCCCGUUUGUACAGAUUAAAUGGUGCAAAUCACACAAUAAAUAUACCUCAUUGUUUUUAAUAUUUGAUUAACUAUACUGGUAUUAAAUUGACCUCAAGACUUAUAGGCCCUGUGUAUUACAUUGUAUUUCACUCAACCUUCGGUGUUUUCCUGAUGUCUCUGUAUAUAGUCAAUAUUAUUAAUAUAUACAGUAUAACGAUGUAACAGUUUUCUCUACAGAAUUUCUAAUAAAUGUCUUACAAAGC